CAGGGCUUGGAGGCUAGUGGGGAGAGUGCUGGAGUCACUUUGUCUUCCUUUCCAAGGGUCUCUGGAGACGGGCCCAUCUGUACUUGUGCCAUGGGGGCACUCUGGGCACUCUCUCUGGCCUUGGCUUCAGGCCUGGCCACUGCCAGACCACCUAACAUUAUUCUGAUCUUUGCUGAUGACCUCGGCUAUGGAGACCUGAGUUCCUAUGGGCACCCUAGUUCCACCACCCCCAAUCUGGACCACCUGGCUGCAGGGGGGAUGCGGUUCACAGACUUCUAUGUUCCUGUGUCUCUGUGUACACCCUCCCGGGCUGCCCUCCUGACUGGCCGGCUCCCUGUUCGGAUGGGCAUGUACCCUGGAGUCCUAAGGCCCAGCUCCCGGGGGGGCCUGCCCCUAGAGGAGGUGACCCUGGCUGAGGUCCUUGCUGCCCACGGUUACCUUACAGGGAUGGCUGGCAAGUGGCACCUUGGGGUGGGGCCAGAGGGGGCCUUCCUGCCCCCGCAUCAGGGCUUCCAUCGAUUCCUGGGCAUCCCAUAUUCCCACGAUCAGGGCCCCUGCCAGAACCUGACGUGCUUCCCGCCGGCUACCCCUUGCGAUGGUGGCUGUGACCAGGACCUAGUUCCCAUCCCACUGUUGGCCAACCUAACUGUGGAGGCUCAACCCCCCUGGCUGCCUGGACUAGAGUCCCGCUAUGUGGCUUUCUCUCGAGAUCUCAUGGCUGACGCCCAGAUCCAGGGUCGCCCAUUCUUCCUGUACUUCGCUUCCCACCAUACCCACUACCCUCAGUUCAGUGGGCGCAGCUUCACAGGGCGCUCAGGCCGCGGGCCAUUUGGAGACUCCUUGAUGGAGCUGGAUGCAGCUGUGGGGGCCCUGAUGACCACUGUGGAAGACCUGGGGCUGCUUGAGGAGACACUGGUCAUCUUCACUGCAGACAACGGACCAGAGACGAUGCGCAUGUCCAGUGGCGGCUGCUCUGGCCUCCUGAGAUGUGGAAAGGGAACAACCUUCGAGGGUGGUGUUCGAGAGCCUGCCUUGGCCUUCUGGCCAGGCCACAUUGCUCCUGGUGUGACCCACGAGCUGGCCAGCUCCCUGGACCUGUUUCCCACCCUGGCAUCCCUGACUGGAGCCCCACUGCCCAAUAUCACCUUGGAUGGCGUUGACCUUAGCCCUCUGUUUCUGGGCAUAGGCAAGAGCCCUCGGCGAUCUCUCUUCUUCUAUCCGGCCUACCCAGACGAGGUCUAUGGGGUCUUUGCUGUGCGGAGUGGGAAGUACAAAGCUCACUUCUUCACCCAGGGCUCUGCCCACAGCGACACCACCCCGGAUGCUGCCUGCCAUGCCACCAGCCCUCUGACUGCUCAUGAGCCCCCACUGCUCUAUGACCUGUCUAAGGAUCCUGGUGAGAACUACAACCUUCUGGGGAAUGUGGAUGAAGCCACCCCAGAAGUCCUACAAGUGAUGAAGCACCUCCAGCUGCUCAAGGCUGAGUAUGAUGCAGCCAUGACCUUUGGUCCCAGCCAGAUAGCCCGUGGUGAGGACCCCACCCUGCAGAUCUGCUGCCAGCCCAGCUGUACCCCCCACCCAACCUGCUGCUACUGCCCAGACCUUGGCCAGGCCUGAGGGCACUGGCCAAGUCACAGGGGGUCCUCCAAGGCCAGCCCAAAACUCAUAUCCCUGCCCUCUGGGUGUGUGAUGGUUCACCAACAUGAAAGGGCAAGGGUGUGGAGAUAGUUUGUACCUAAUAAUAUUAUAACACCAGCUGAGACUUGCAGGUGUGAUAAUUCAUCUAGUCCUUGUAACUGUGAGGCCAGUGCCAUUCCCCAGUGUUACAAAUGAGGCUGUUGAGGCUCAGGGAUGUUCAGGGACCUAUACAAGUCCAAGGUCACUCCACCAAAAAGAGGUUGAGCUAGGAUUUGAACCUAGGAAGUGUCCUAGCUCCAGCAGCUACCCCCACCCUGGUGAUCUGCAUGUGUCUGAGCAUACAUCAGCCCUAGUGUGGUCACAUCCAUUCACAGGAGCAACAAGUGCUUCUGUUCCAGGAACCAGUGGGGUGGAGAGGGUAUGGUGGCCAGAAGUCCUAGAAGAUGCAAAGCCCCAAGGAGACAGGUUUUCCCCAGGAAGAAGCAUUCUUAGAGGGACAGGAGGUGGUCACCUUGAUUUUCAUCAGAAAUCUGUCUAGAGUUGGGUGAUAAGCUGUACAUUCCAGGUAGGGUUAAGGGAUUGGAGGCCCUGCCAGCUCAUAAGAAGGUACACUAGCUACUCCUGAGACAGCCCUAUGAGGCCUCAAGUAAUCUCUUAAAAAUUCAGUUUGGGGUCUGCUGUGUUUUGAACAAAAAAUCAAAUUCCUUUCUUUGACCCACCCUGCCCUCAGGCCCCAGUGCUCUCCUUGCCCCUCAGUCUUGGUGGGCUGGCCUGUUUCCUCUACCAGCUAUGUUCUGCCUCUGAUGUGGACCUCUGCAGAGAGGGACCUCCUGACCACCUGCUUGAGUUUGCACAGCAUAUUGUGCUGACAUGCCCAGACAUUCUAGGUGCUCCUCAGUUCUGAUCACCUGAGAACAGUGCUAUGUGGGUGUGCCAAUACCUUUCCUUGGCAAACCAUUGCCUCCCUUACUAACAGGUCCCCACUUCUUUGCAGGGAGAGGCCCCUUGACCUUGAGGAGGCAGCCUCUCUCUGAUUCAGAAAGGUAAUGUCCAGUCUGAGUUGGUCACAACCCGGUGAUUGGUCCAGGAGUGGCAUGUGACAUGAGUCCUGAUAGUGAAAAGUCAGGGCAGUCCUCCAGGUGAGGCUCUGACUUCAGCAGAGCAGCUGGCCCUGCAAGGACACUGUGCAGCUGCUAAACCAGCAUCUCCAGCUGCCUGCUUGCAGAGCACCAAGAAUAAGAAAGUAAAUCCUGCCUGUUUAUACUCUACUGGUGAGCUGCAAAUCACAUGCAGCUAAAGUGGCCUUGCUGAAAUGAGACCUGAGUGGAUUAUGUACAGGCACUUAUGCAUGUGUGAUUCAUGGCAUCAUGUGUUCUGGGGCACCUCCACAUUUUCCAUGCAACUCUCCAAUCACUUCUGAUCUUGAUGUGGAACUGUGCUGACCACAACUGUUAUGUCUUGAGCCCUACCUACAUGCACUCAUCGGAUUAGAGGUGGCAGAUGGUGCCUCAAUCCAGGGUGAGGGCAGAGGGGAACUGCAAGAGGCAUGUGUCACAUUGACAGCAAACCAGUGAAUACCAACACCUGGGAACAGUCUGCAGGUAGCUUCUUCUGCUCCCUCUCUGAGUUAGUGUGUGCUAUGUGCUUAUUCCACUGCACAGUGCUGGGGCAAGGUCUCCUCAGAGGAGACCUACCCAACCUUGCUUUUGCAGUGCUUAUAGUCUAGCAAAGGAGAUGGGAUGUCAGACAUAUGGGAUUUCAGUGCAGUAGAAGUCACUGCAUUUGGAAGGGUGGGGCAUGUAGGUGUUGCCUGGAUAGGGACACCAGGAAACCUGGGGAUGCUACAGAUGUUCUCUAUAUUAGGAGUGGUGACUUGGGGCAUACAGACGAAUAAAACAA